AAUCGUCACGAAACUACCCUCAAGUUCAUGAAUCCUUCCUCCUACACUCUCCCUAUAUAAACCCCUCCACAUCUCCUCACAUUCAUUCUCUCACGCACACUACUCAGCUGUCCAGUCCACUAUCAUUAACCUUAAAAGGAAAAAGGAAGAAAAUGCCUUCUUCUUGCAAUACCUCUAUCGUCUCAAGAUGUACUAUCUACCCAGACCAAAAAUCCUCAACCAUCAAAGCCCUAAAGCUUUCAGUCUCAGACCUCCCCAUGCUCUCUUGUCAAUACAUCCAGAAGGGUGUCCUCCUCACGUAUCCACCAUACUCCAUUAAUGACCUCAUCACAUUCCUCAAACACUCCCUCUCCGUCGCUCUUUCUCACUUCCCUGCUCUUGCUGGCCGCCUCCAAACUGACCCUAGUGGCCAUGUCCAUAUUGUAUGCAACGAUGCAGGCGUUGAUUUCAUCCAAGCCAAAGCAAGACACCUCUCCAUCCACACCAUUCUUUCUCCAACCCACGUCCCUGAAUGCUUCAAAGGGUUCUUCGCAAUGGACAAGACCCUUAGUUAUUCGGGUCAUUCUAAACCUCUGGUGGCAGUUCAGGUCACUGAACUGAAAGACGGCAUAUUCAUUGGGUGCACUGUAAAUCAUGCUGUCACUGAUGGCACUUCAUUCUGGAACUUCUUCAAUACCUUCGCUGAAAUCUGCAAAGGAUCUAAAAAAAUCUCUAAAUCUCCAGACUUUUCCCGCAACACCAUGCUUAACUCACCGGCGGUGCUUAAAUUCCCCCCCGGUGGACCUAAGGUGACAUUUUCUGGUGACGAGCCAUUGCGAGAGAGAAUUUUCCAUUUUAGCAGAGAUGCAAUUCUCAAGCUCAAGUUGAGAGCUAACAACAGUAAUUUUAGGUCCAAUUCGGCAGAGAUUUUCGGAAGGCAAAGUAACGACAGUUGGAAAAUCGUUAACGGAGAAAGUAACGGGAAUAACGGUUUAAGUAACGGCAAAGUAGAUCCACUUUUCUUAAAGAACAACGAAACGGCAGAAAUUUCAUCGUUUCAGUCCCUUUGCGCGCAGCUGUGGAGAUCCGUGACACGUGCGAGGAAAUUAUCGCCCUCCAAAAUGACGACAUUUCGUAUGGCUGUGAAUUGCCGCCACCGGCUGGAGUCUUGA